AUGGAGGGACAGACCCCGCUGGGAGCCGCGGCCGCUGUGGCGGAUCCCGAGCCGGGCCCGGCCCCUCAGGCCCCGCGGAACUSCUCAGCCCCAGCCCGGGGCCAGCCCCCGGCCCAGCCCCUGUACCUCAAAGCACUGACCAUCCCGCUGUUCCAGCCCGUGCCGCCGGGAUCCCUGCAGCCACUGGUGCCCGCCAGGAGCUGCGUCCAUCUGGACAGCGGCCACAUUCCCCUCAUCCUCAACCCGCUCCUUCCUGCGGACGGCACCGAGCGGCCUCCGCCGCCUUUCCAGAAACAGCUCGGGCAAAGCCUAACGCUGAGCAUAGUCAGCACUUUACCRGUUUUGUCAUCACCGACUUCUUGUGUGAACGCAUCGGUUGGAAAAUCGAAAAAAUCUGGGAAAUACAUCUGCAAGCACUGUGGACGAGAUUGUUUGAAGCCAAGUGUCCUUGAGAAACACAUCCGCUCUCACACGGGAGAGAGGCCCUUCCCCUGCACCACUUGCGGCAUUGCGUUUAAAACGCAGAGCAACUUGUACAAGCACAGGAGAACACAAACACACGUCAACAACACCAGGCUGCCCUCAGAGCCCGACAUCAACGGGGGAGCGGAGCAAAAUGAGAGACCGGCAGAGAGUACAGCCUGUCCCCAAGGCAGCAAAGUCUUGGGUAGCAUCAGUGAAGACCAAGGGAUACAGAUCAAACAACCCAGUUCAGACAGUUCAGCGACAGACACUGAGAAACCUCAKGAGCUCUCUCUGUCAACAAGCACUUCAUCAACUGCUCCAGAAAAUCAAGAAAUAACGCAUCAGUCCUUCAGUUCAAAAGCUAAUCAGGGCAUUCAUGAAAGAGAACCUCGAAGUUUAUCAUCUCCAGGAGCUUUGUCAAAUGGUCCGUGCCUGAGAAAGAAGAUGCAGGAGCAAAGAACUCCRACUGCCAAUAAGCACAUUCAGCUGCAAAGGCAGCAGGCAACCUCUUCAGAGAAGCAGUGGGAUUACAAACCCUUGGAGUGCAGGCUGAAGAAGUGUGAGAGCACCGAUUCGGGGUAUUUGUCACGCUCUGACAGCACAGAACAGCAGAUGCCAUCAUCCAGCCCCCUGCACAGUCUGCACGAGCACAGCACAGAGCUGGAAACCGAAACCGCCUUCAGCAGCCCAAGGUGUGCCCCCGGGAGCACUGCAAAGCCAGAGGGGCCUGACAAAGCUACAGCCUCCAUGCUGGAGAAAAAGAGGCUGGAAGAACACAUUUCAAAGCUUAUUUCUCACAACAAAAGCGUGGUGGAUGAUACCCAUUUGGAUAAUGUCAGGCCCAGAAAAACUGUCCUUUCUAAGCAGGGAAGCAUUGACCUGCCAAUGCCUUACACRUACAAAGACUCUUUCCAUUUUGAUAUCAGAACUUGUGAUGUAAAUAGGAAAAAGAAUCUUUCCCUUUGCUCAGCAAAAUCUACCUUUGCACCACUGGAGAAAUGCAAGCCAAUGUUUUUCCACUCAGUUCCUACCCAGUUCUCCACAACAAUCGACACUGUGCCUGUUACUCGGAGCAACUCCUUGCCUGUUGUGGAGGCAGCGAGGAUGGUGCAUGACAAACCAGGWUGCUCAAAACCACUUUCUCUUACUAAGCAGUCUGUAAACACAGGCACUGCUGCUUUGCUGCCUAGCAACAAUCUCACUGCGAAUUCAGUGGAUUUCCCUAAUAGCCAUCCCCGAGCUUUAGUCAGACAAACAGCGGUGGAUGAUUUGCCCCUAAGUAAUGUGGCUGAUCAUCCUUCUCUGUCAGAGGAGCUGAAAGGGAGUAAAAAGCUUGGGGCUGGAGAAGUAAUCAGUGCUAAAAAUAAAAAGCACAAUCAAAGGAAGUUAAAGAUGUUCUCUCAAGAAAAAUGGCAAAUGUAUGGAGACGAAACAUUUAAGAAAAUCUACCAAAAAAUGAAAAGCAGUCAAAAUGCCAAGAAAAUUAAACAAAGAGGGAAUAAGAUCACAGAUAUUACAAGCUUCACUCCUAAUUCAGGGGAAUCAGCCAGCAGCACUGAAAUUACUGAGGAAAGAGAUGACAGGAGCUCUGUAAGUGACAGUCGUUCCUCCCUUGUGACAGCAGCUUCAACCACGGGUAAAUCAGGAACCUGUACUGAUGCUAAUCGUGUUCUGCAGAAUGUGUCCUCUGAGGAAGCUGCAGACAGAGUGUCCCACCUAAUGGAGACAUCACAUCCCAUAACUGCUGGAGCUGGAACCAGCCCAACAUCCCGAGAGCUCUGUGGCAGUGACACGGAGAAAUGCACAGCUGGCAGCAGCACACUGCUGGCUCUGAGCAGUGGUGAGCUCAGGCUUCAAAAUCCUGAAUGUCAGCUGAGCAGCCAYGGGAGGAAUGAGGACUCAUUGCCAGUGCAGAGUAGCAACUGGGAGAAACCAAACCCUGGGAAAGAGUCCAGUGCAUUUGAGUUAGAUUGUAAAARCCCUUUGCACAAUUAUGGGAACCAUCACGGGACUAAGGAAAGUGGCCAGCACGGCCCGACGCCCCCGUGGGUCCAUUGCAACAACAGAGAAACUGCAGGGAAAUCCCAGACUUUGCCAUCAGAAAGGAAAAAGCUGAAAUUCGAAGUGGAGAAGACACAAAAWGUGAUUUCAGUGUCCUGCCCUAGUCCUGGUAGUGAAACCCCUGCAGUAAGUGAAGCAGAGAGAAUCCCUUGCUCUGGCACUCACAGUCUUGCCACAGCUCCAGUGAAAUUCUCCAGCAAAUCAGAGGAGCAAAAAUCAAGCACAGGAAUUAAUGAAUCCACUGGAAGGACUGAGAAUGUGGAAUAUAUGAAAACAAUCAAACUUCCCACAAAAACUCUUAAUUAUAGUGACAUUAACCUUCUUUCACAUCCCGCAGGUGCCUCAAAAGCUUCACUGGUGGGACUUUUAGGGUCUGAAUUAAGGGGAAGUGAUUCCARCUCUUCUGCCUUGCACAAUGCAGCAGAUGGAGAUGACAAAACACAUCUUGUCAAAACAGCAGCAAAAGUGCCACUUCUCAAUGACAAUGCUGUGGAUGUGUCUUCUCAAAGUCAUCAUCUGCAAUCUGGUCAUUUAAGUCCAGUCCCACAACAAAAUGCCUUUUCUCCAAAAUAUAUMCUUAAAUUGCCACAGGACAAGAGAGCUUCAGAUCUGUCACUUUUGCUUAGAUCUGAACAGGAGAUGACACCUGGCACACCUGUGGGAGACUCCUUAACCUCCCUACCUUGCUCUUCCAGCAGCACAUCCCUCCAUUCUCAUUCUGAUGAUGUGAUUUGCUCCCCUUUAAAAUCUGAAGUGAGACAAAAGACUGGCAAAGGAGACWUUCAAUGGAAUCUACACACAAACUGGAAAAAUCCAGGAUUUUGUUCAYCAGUCAAGCCAGAAACCACAAAUACUUUAACCACAGCAGAGAACACCUUUCAUAACCAAAACUUCAGGCAGCAGGAUAYAGCAAGAGAGGAUUGGAAAAACAAACAGAACAAGAAUAAAUUCAAUUAUCAAAGGCAAACAGAAGAGAARUGGAUGAGUAAAAGUACUUGCUCUACACAGACUCCAAAGAAGAAAAUAUGCUUUACUUCUGUGUAUACCAGUGGCUUUUUCAUAUCUGCUGACAUCAAAGAUGAGAGAAAGGCUUUACAUCACCUUUGCUCGGGAAGUGACUCUAGGAUAAAGACAUCAGCUUCUAGCAAGGGUGCMGAGCCAACAAUCCUGGGAUGGGACAGAGUGGGAAGCCCACGCAUCCUUAAGGACAUCCCACCYCCACUGCAGGAUCUGCAGCAUUCCCAGAGCUCAAGAGACAACCCCGCUUAUUUUUGCCACUCUUUUGGCACGUUUUACUGCCACACCCUCAGCACUCACUGUAAAGAAUUCCCAGUGCUGCCCCACAAUAACAGGACYUGCUACUCUGGCACUUCACCCAUGCUGGGCUCCAAGAGCACCUUCCCAUCCCUGAGUGCUGAGCCCAGGCUGACCUGGUGCUGCCUGAGCAGGAGCCUCCCCCUGCCCUCGGAGCAGAGUGGGGAUGCAGGAUCUGCCCACUCCUCCGUGCCCACCUGUGACAAGGAAUCCAGCACCCUGUCAAAAUACGACAUUUCCAUUUUCAAGAUGAAAAAUAUUAGCAAGACUGUGGCGUAUGGCUUAACGAACACAAGCUUAAAAUCGUUGGUUUCAUCCUUUUCUAAAGGACACCAGAUGCAAGAGUUMAGCACUGCAGCUCCUGGUGGUUCUUUCAAAAAUAUUUCAGAGCAAAAGAAGAAAGCAGUAGUUUGCAAAAAGGAAAAAUUCUCAACAAAUAAACUCAAGAGAAGCCACAAACAGAAAAGGAUUAAAGUUACCCCUAAAUGGUACAGAGGGAGGCACAUCCAUGGAUUUGCUCAGCUGAAAAUGAACCGGCUGAGCAAGAGGCCCUGCUUUCCCAACAGAGCACUGGAUGCUCUCAGGAAGGGCUGCUCAUCCCAACCCYCCAGAUUUAAUAAGCAUAAGAAGUGCCACCCUCCUCAAUCCAAGAUGCAAGAAAAUUACCUACACCAGCAAAAAGACACAUCGUAUUCCACCUCAGACAAACCCCUUUGCAGAAGGAAAAAAGAAGCAAAGAAUAACUCAGGAAUAUCUUCCCAUAUUGAAAACCUAAACCACAUUAAACAAAAGGACAAAAUGCGUAAAAAGGACAUUGCUGGGCAAAUCAGGGAACACCCAAGAACAAACGCCUCUGUCCAGAACAUUACAGCUCCUCUGGGAAUAGCUGUGACAGCUCAUUCCUUUUCCUCCACAGCUGACACAUCCRUGCAGGAAUUCAGCAGGGACGUGGCCAUUUGCUGCUGGGUGACACAGCCCCUCGUGCUCCAGCACUCCCUGCCUGGGGAAUCCAUGGCAGCUUCCUUUGGGUCUUGCCCUCCUGAGUUUACAAAUCCAGGCACAGGUGACCAACCUGACAGCACAAACCCAGGGGCUGCUGCUCCUCUUUCCUUACAUCCAGGAGCAAGCCAGGAAAAUGCACUGAGGGUAGAGUCAGAGAGCCAAAUAUUUGGAUUGUCAGACCCGGUGAUUCAGGCCUCUGGAAGGGAGAAACUUCCAACUGAAGAAAACAAAUGUUUGCCUCCCAAAGAAAACCCMACUCCCAGUUCCCAGCUGGGAUGUUCACAUUUGUUUGGAUCACCAGCAGAGGCUCUUCCUGAGUYGGUCAGGAGGGCUCAGUUACCCAGCAGAGAACACUCAGAGAGGGAAGACUCAUCCCAGCAUCUCCUGGACCUGCAUGGAAGYGCAGACAAGAAGGGAUCCCACCUGCAGCACAAUCCCUAUGGAAGGCCACAUGGAACAGCUCCUGCUACCUUUAGAAAGCUCCCAAUCACUCUCAGAUCCCCUGAGUUCAAGAGUUACUCUGCAACACCCCCCAAGACAUACAAAAAGAGAGGUUUAGAGAUGAUGAGGAAGCAAACGCGGGUGGACUAUGAUGACACGAGCAGUGAUGAUGAGGACAGGCUGGUUAUAGAAAUAUAGAAAU